UACCUGAGCCUUGUAAGGCUGUAGGGAGGGUCUCGAGUAGCCUCGGGUUACGGUGGACAGAGCUCCGUAAAAUUGAAGUCAUUGCUGUCGGAGCACUGUGAGCCGGCCUCUCCACACCCCCAGACAUGCUUCAAGGAUGGGGUAUUUUUAUAUAAGCUCGUGCCAUACAGAGUUCUAGCUGUCGUCUUGACAAACAAUUCAAUUGUCUUGAGUCAUUGGGGUUACCGUGCCUAUCCGACCGCUGAGGCUAUCGACUAUUCAUAGUGAGUCGCCACGCAGCUACGCGCUGACGCAACGUACAUUCUUUUAUAACUUUAUUUGAAAGUAUAUCGCCCAUCUAAUGUUACCCACAGAUGGAGGAAGAGUAUACGCGUAUCGCGGACAUCAUUCGCCACCGAGCCAAAACCCAUAAUAAGAAGCGAUAUCUCGUCGCCAUCGCUGGCGUGCCCGGCUCUGGCAAAACAACAACGGCAACUGCCAUUGCACAGCGUUUGAACUCAGGGCAAACCCCUAUCCAGACUGAGCUGGUCUCCAUGGAUGGCUUCCAUCUGUCGCGGGCGACACUGGACCAGCUCCCCAAUCGAGAGGAGGCAUAUAUCCGGCGUGGAGCGCCGUGGACCUUUGAUGCUGCCCGAUUCAUUACCUUCGUUCACCAAUUACGGCAGUGGGCAGAUACAUAUUCGAACGAGACGAUAUAUGCACCCGCUUUCCACCAUGAAACCAAGGAUCCAGUAGAGGAUAGCAUCAUGAUAUCCAGCGACGCUUCGAUCCUCAUCAUUGAAGGCAAUUAUCUCCUCCUGGAUGAGCCUGAGUGGCGUGACGUCGCACGACUGGUUGACUACCGUGUGUUCGUCGAGACGGACCUGCAAGAAGCACGGGAACGUGUAGCGAAGCGUCACGUCAGUGCUGGGAUAGAAAAAACAAUAGAAGAUGGGUAUCUUCGGGUGGAUAGGAAUGACUACCUGAAUGCGCUUACAAUUCGGGACAAGCUGAUCGAGCCUGAUAUGGUGGUCCGUAGCAUCACUGAGGUAUCAUUUUAACUUGCUUCUAUCGACUUUCCUAUUUACACCAUAAACAACAC